GCCCCAUCGGCUUUGAGCUCGGCACAACCUCGCAUUCUUUCUCCACCUUGAGCUCGGGGCUUGUUCUGGUUUACUCAUGUUCCUGUUGCUUCGGCGGCUGCUCUAGUGGCUGAGUAGGCAGCAUAGGGAUCUUCGGGGGCCGGGUCAGGGAUCCCUGCUGCUGGCCCCUGCUGCUGCUGGUCGGACCCGGCAGAAAUUGGCCUGGGGGUCCCGACUGCUGGUUGCUGCUGCUGCUGCUGCUGGUCGGCAUUGAUCCGGGGCAUGUCGCCGCAGUCACCGCCGUCCCAGCCGCACUCCUCAGUGAAGCACUCGGGGUCGCACAUACCGUCGGCGUACCAGUACUGUGACCGACACAUGCCGCUGCAGGUGGAGGGAAUCGACGGUGACGCUGAUGCUGAUACAUUAGACAGAACACACAUGCGGAGAGGAAGAACGGUGUGUGCAUGUGGCUGUGUGAUGUGGUGUACGGACCGCAUGGUUGUGUGUUGCAUUCCUCAGUCUCUUCGAGGUCGGGACACUGCUCGCCGUCAUCGGACGGCUCAACCUGUACCAGACAGAGAACAACACCCAGCCGUGUGUGCACAUCACAGUUUGUUUGUUUGUUCUUGUGUACCUCGACUGUUCUGUUUCUGGUCCUGGAGCCGCCGCCGCACGACUUGGAGCACUCAGAGAAGUUGCCCCAACCACCCACCUUGCAGUCGACCGCUGCACGCAAGAGACACAUGUAGACUCUCUCCAUUCCCCUGCCUGUCUGUCUGUCUGUCUGACUCACUGACCACACGGGUCUUCGUUGCAUGCCCUCUCUUCUGACAGCUCGGGGCACGGCGCACCGCCAGACUGAUCAGGCUCCUGCGGGGCAGCAACAAGAGACACGCAGACGUGCGGACGGUUGAUACGGUAAUCAGCCGUAAUCGGGUGCGUGCAUACUGACCACGACUGUUCUGGUCCUUGAUUGUGUGCCUCCGCCGCACUGCUCUGAGCACUUGUCCCACCCAGACCAGUCAGACACCGUGCAGUCCGUCCCUACGUUAAACAACGACAUCCAUGCGUUCACACAUGUGGGUGAUGCUUAUUUGUGCCGAGAGCUUCCUUACUGCAUGGUUGUGUGUUGCAUUCCUCAGUCUCUUCGAGAUCGGGACACUGCUCGCCGCCGUCGGACGGCUCAACCUGCAGAUACAUACAGAAAUGCGUGCCCAGACAGACAAUAAAAAGGUAUCCAGACUCUUGAACAGGUUGUUCUUGUGCACCUCGACUGUUCUGUUUCUGGUCCUGGUGCCGCCGCCGCACGACUUGGAGCACUCAGAGAAGUUGCCCCAACCACCCACCUCACAAUCGACCGCUGCACAGACACAUGAUGGACUCUCCCUCCUCCAUGGCUGCUUGUCUCACUGACCACACGGGUCUUCGUUGCAUGCCCUCUCUUCUGACAGCUCGGGACACGGCGCACCGCCAGACUGAUCAGGCUCCUGCGGGGCAGCAGCAGGAGACACGCAGACGUGAAUUCAUGACGCACCAGUAUGCCCAUAAAUGAGUACUGACCACGACUGUUCUGGUCCUGGAUUGUGUGCCUCCGCCGCACUCUUCCGAGCACUUGUCCCACCCAGACCAGUCAGACACCGUGCAGUCCGUCUCUGCACCGAUCAACGACAUCCAUGCAUUCACACACACGGAUGACGCUCAGAGAGGUCCCUUACUGCAUGGUUCGGUGUUGCAGUCUUCCUCCUCACUGAGUGGGGGGCACUCCUCACCGUCGUGCUGGGGCUCAGUCUGACACACACACGACACACACAUACGUCUCUCCGUCCGUGGUGAGUGUGGGUUUGCCUUACGGUGAUUUCUCUGCCUCGUCUCCGUUUGCCUCCGCCGCAGUCUUUGGAGCAGGGCGACCAUAUCGACCAGUCACCCACCACACACGCUACAGCUGAUGUCACAACAGGGGGGACACACAAGACAUGUGCAACGGAUGCCCAAUGUGUCUUUGUGAUGCGUACGGCAAGGUUGUUCGUUGCACGGCGCCGUCUCUUCGAGUGCGGGACACUCCUCACCGCCGCCCUGCGGCUCGGCCUGCAUAUACAUGGAUGCACACACGAAAUGCAUCGAUGACGCACGUACGAGUGUGAGUGGUGUGUGGACGUACUUACCGUGACUUCUCGUGUUCUCUUCUUGACGCCCCCUUCGCACGACUUGGAGCACUCACCCCAAUCCUUCCACUCGCCAACCGCACAGUCGCGAACUGACAAACCAUAGACACAUCCAUGUGUUAGCCGUGUGAGUGUGCUGACGAUGAGGGUACCGACCUUGGAAGCACUCGUCGUUGUCUCCGCGGACGUAAUUCUCUGCACAGACGCACUUGCCCACCCCGCUGCCGGCGCCCGGCUCGCCCUCGGGGACCCGCUGCACCUGCACACACACACCAACGACAGACACACAGACGGACAUCCGUGUACGCAUCUCUUUGUGUGUGUGGCUGGCUGGGUUCGUCCUUUACCUCGCAGACUUCGUUCUCCUCUUCUGAGCAUUCGAUCGUCGAACACAGAGACUCACAGCGACCGAACCUGCAGAGAGCCAUUACACAACACACAUCCAUCCAUCCAUCCAUGUGUGUAUUCGUGAGCUGACCCGUCGUCUUGCGAUUGGCAGGUCUCAUUCCACUCGCAAUAAGACGCCAGUUCAGUGCAAUUCAGACCUGGACACCAUCGCACAGACACACAAUCUCACCCACAUCCAGGGGCCGAGUGGUUGUUUUGUCAACACGCACCAGGUUCGCAGUCGCCUCCGUCGAAUCCGCAUGCAUAAUUGUAGCACGUCAAGUCACACACCGAAUCGUUGACCCACUCCAAAUCACGGCAGUCCCCAAAACACGUCUCGGGAAUGUCCAGCCUGUUGGUGCCGUUUUCUGUCUGCUGACCGUCAGGCUGUCGAGUGUGGUCUGGCUGAGAGGCAGAAGAUGCUGGUACGGGUGGACCGCCCGUCUCAUCGUCCUUGGCGCGCACUGGCGGUGGCGAGAGGGGAGCGGCCGGAGGGGUGGGAGCAGCUGGGGCGGGCGGGGGCACCGUGGACGACUUGGACUGCUGGUUGGCAUUGAUUCGCGGACGGCCGGCGCAGUCAUCGCCGUCCCAGCCGCACUCCUCUGAGAAGCACUCCAUGUCGCAGACCGUGUCGUUAAACCAGUGUGACGGGCAAUCCCCAUUGCAGCCGGAGGGAAUCGACGAGGGGGACCCUGAUG